AUGGAUCGGAUGAUUCUAGAAGAGAGAAUGCUAGAAAAUCGAGAGUUAGAAGAAGAUUCGUGGAAUUUCAGAUGGAUCAUGCCCUCAGCUGCAGCAGUCGGUGGGAUUGCGGUUGCCACCUAUAAAUCCGGAAUAGUUAGUGCUGAAAAUCAGAAGUUAGGGUAUAUUGGUUUAGGUAUAUCUGUUGCUGCUUGUAGUACUGUAUCUCUAGGAUAUAUGUGGUUUAAACAACGAGCACGAGCAAUUCGAGACGUUACUGUUCAGCUUGAGAGAACAAAAAUUGCAUUACGAAAACGGAGACAAGUGUAUUUUAGUGUUUCAAUGCGUAUGCCUCUCCUUCGACAUCCAUUAGUUCUCCGUUCGUGUCGAAUUGCUGUUUCAAUUAUCGAUUGUCUUGUUGAGAAUACAAAGAUUUUGAAUGGUGGAUCCACGUGGCAAGAUCUGUACACUGAUGAGAUUCAGAAAAUCACGAAAAGAAGUUUGGAAAAUCCUGAGAUUUUGAGAAUUGAAGAGAUUGAAGAAGACACAGAAAUCGAUUUUGAGGCGGUGUUUGAAGCUUUGAUUACAGUUUUCAAAUUGCACGCAAGUGAAUAUUCACGGGUUGUCAUCGUUGACUUUUUGAAUUCACCGAAAUUUAAUUUACGAAAUUUCUGGAAGUUUCUGUGCACUUGUGGACUUUUACGUGAAUUCACUCAAAGAUUGGAGUCACUUGAACGAUUAGCUCUGAAGAGUGAAUACGAAAAGACGAAGGCUGAAAGGAAACAGAACGAAGCAACGAGUCGAUUGGAUAUGAAAAUAGGAUGGAAAGAACAGACAUCAAUGGCUUUAGCAUCUAUUUUAGAAAGAUUAGAAUCAGGAAAUGUGAGCAGAUCCGAAAUCGAACUAGCUCUUCACAAGACCCUUGUCAUGGUUGGAUCUGAAAAACAUGCUCCAAAUGCUGAACUCCCUGAAAAGACUUUGUUGAAAAGAGAGGAACCUCAGCUGACAGAGACUGUGGCGAUUGAAAAUGGAAAUCAGGAAAGAACUGAUAUCGAUUUGGUUUUCGAAGGAGUUUCUCUAUCAGACGCUGAUAAGCAAGCUGCUUCGAAAAGUGCAGUGGCUCGUGAUGUUCUUCUGGAUGGAUCAGAGAGUCGUAUUCAUGAACAAAGUCUUUUUGGAGAACUACGAAUGGUUCUGGAGCCGCGGAGAACUGACUUCGCGAAAAGAGAACGGGCUGCGCUGGCAAAGUUUUACGGUGUCGAUGAGAAGGAAUUGGAAAAAGAGGAGGAGGAGAAGAAUGAUGAACUGUUCGAAGGCGUCGGAGCCGGAGGUGAUGUGGAACCGGAGCCAUAUGAUUGGCGGAAAGAUGCAGAAAACAGUGCUGGAAUUCAUCAAGAAGCUGAUAAUGAUGACUUUUUGAAAGCUUUAAAUUUGAGACGUGUUGAAGAUGAUAUCAUAGAAUAA